CUCAGUCGCGCUUCAAUGCGAGUGUCUGUGUCUUUGGUGCAGCGCAUGAACGUGGUGGUGACGCCGGGGCUGCCGAUGCUGAUGGCAGGCUCCGCCUCUCCGUGUGUGAUCCUGUCAGUGUCUGCUAUCGGUGUGACCGACACCGCCGAGAAGAACAAGGAGCACAGCGCCAAGAUCUUUGAGUUUCUGACCAAGGAGCUCGAUCUGAGCCAAGACAGGAUCGUGAUCGUGUUCAACGCGCUGGAGCCUCACCAAGUGGGGAAAAAGGGAACCGUCAUGAGCUUCCUGUGAAGGCUCCCUGAAAGACCAGCUGUACCACAUCAGCACCCGCCCCCUCUGCACAGUCGUUUAAAGGUCACUCGCUUCAUUUUCACACCAGGAUCAUUUCUGCAGUCUGAACCAAACCCGAGCUCUGCGACUGUUACACUCGCUGGGUUUCUAUACUUGUUACGAAGAGGCGCACGGAGAAAGAGCUCUAAAGUUUGAGUUUUGAUGUAGCAGAGGGCUCCUCUGGAAACAAGGUUACUGUGAUGUGGAUGAAAUAAACACAGUUCACUUA